CCCCUUGUCAGUUCAUUUGCGUUCAACCCUCCUCCGACGGUCCGACCUCCGUUCCCCACUUCACGCGUCACCCCAUCCCGCCUCUCCCGUUCACGCGGUCCUAACUCCCAACUCUCUCCCUCGCGCGCCCGCGCGCUCUCUCUAGCCGGCGACGACUGGGCGAGCGGCGCCACCCUACGCCAGGUCUUCGUGGAGAUCAUCGCCGGCGAUGAGUUUCAACCAGUCUACUGUCAAGGGGCAGACCAGGAGGGAGAGGCCUAGGGCUCGCCCUCAUGGCCUGACGCAGCAGAAGAGGCAGGAAAUAAAGGAAGCCUUUGAUCUGUUUGAUACAGAUAACUCUGGAACCAUUGAUGCAAAAGAGCUCAAUGUUGCCAUGAGAGCCUUGGGAUUUGAGAUGACUGAAGAGCAAAUUAGGCAAAUGAUUGCUGAUGUUGACAAAGAUGGCAGUGGAGCAAUCGACUAUGAGGAGUUUGAGCACAUGAUGACUGCCAAAAUCGGAGAAAGGGAUAGUAAAGAGGAGCUUACAAAAGCAUUCCGCAUUAUUGACCAAGAUGGAAAUGGAAAGAUUUCUAACAUUGAUAUCCAGAGGAUUGCCAAAGAGUUGGGUGUAAAUCUCACCCUCGAUGAGAUCCAAGACAUGGUGCAAGAGGCAGAUAGAAAUGGUGACGGUGAGAUAGACUUUGAUGAGUUCAUCAGGAUGAUGAGGAGGACUAGCUAUGGCUACUAGGUGUAUCUUAUGUGAGUCCUGACACCGUCAGUUGGUUUAUGACCACAAGGGGUGUGACUGGUGUAAUUACUAUGAACAAUAAUGUUGUGAUCUGCUUAUGUUUAUCCUUUUUUUUAAUUCUUGCUGUGCCUACUUAAGUAUGGUAACUAGAGUAAUAUAUAUGCACCAGAUUUCUGUUAUAGUUCAAUAGCUAGUCGUUUUUGCUGGUGGGAGGUGGCCAGGUGGGUUGAAGUUUGUCCAGCUUUCUGAACUCUGUUCAGAAGUGUGGAAGUUUUGUGGCUUGUGCGAACAUAUAAAACUCUGCAAUGUCGUUGCUAUCUGGUAAUGAAGUUCGGUUUUAA